AUGAUUUCUUUAAAUAAUUGUAGAAAUUUAAUAAGAGGAUUUAAUAAUAGUAAUAAUUGUAAUAAUUUAUGUAAAAUACUAAAUAAUAAAAUUAAAAAAUCACAACCAUCAUUUUCACAAGUUGGCAAUUUAAGAUUUUAUUCAAAAAAUGAAAAACCAAUUAACCCCACCAAAAAUAAAAAUGUUGAAUCAAAUGAUGAUAUUUCAAAAUUUGAUUUUAAAAAAACAGAGGAAUUGGUUAAAAGUUCUAAUAAUAAAAAUCAACAACAAAAUGAACAACAACAGCAACAACAACAACAAAAUCAAUAUCAAUAUAAUGGAAAUCAAGAUUAUAAAGAUGAUAAACCAUUAAAAUCAUCAUUUAAAGAUAAACUAUUUAGAAAUGGUGCAAGUUUUAUUGUUUGGGGUUUCUUUUCAUUUGGUAUUGCAGUUUAUUUAGCAUCACAUGAUGAUACUGAAUUCAUUAUUAAAAAUAUUGAUUCAACAAUGAAAAAAUUGAAAACUUUAACAGAUUAUGAAUUAUUAAAAUCAAAAUUAGCUGAACUCUCUGAAUUAAGUUCAAAAAAUACAACACUUAAAAAAUUAUUAUCAAAUCCAGAAUAUAUUACUCAAUUAUUAGAUAUUAUUUUAGAAUAUUCAGAUUUAGAAAUUAAUAAUAAAUCCGCUAAAAUUAUUGAAAAUGCUUCAGAAUUUAUAAAUGAUUAUUCAAUAAUUCCAAAAUUAUUAGAAGUUGCAGAAUUAAAAUAUAUACCAUCAUAUGUAAAGAAAACAUUGGGAUCUGCAAUUUCAAAGAUUGCAUUAAAAGGUGAUGAUGAAGCAAGAUUAAAAUUAGCAAGUAAUGGUGCAAUCGAAUUUUUAGAUUCAAUGAUGUCAAUUAAAGAUUUUAAAUGUCAAUUAUUCAAGAGUGCUUUAUUAGCAAUUUCCUCAACCCUUGAGAAUAUUCCAACCACAAUUACAUCACAAAAUGAAAAAAGAAAAGAAUUGGUAACUAAAUAUGCUGCUGAAGAGAGAUUGGUAAAAGGAAACGUAUUGGAAUUGAAGAAGCGUGAGUUAAUUCAAUCUGGUUAUCACCUUUAUUUACAUACUAGUGCUGGUGGUUUUGUUUGGGGUUGCAUAGAAUCAAUUAGAAAUAAAUUACCAUUAAGAGCUAUCCUAUUGAAUGGUUGUAAAAAUUCGAUUAUCACCGCUGCUUUACCAAUCAUUUUCGUUGGUUUAAUGACAACUUAUACAAAUGAGACCAUAAAGAAAUUAGAUACAACUAAAGAGAAAUUCGAAUUUUAUUUUGCUGGCUUCUAUUCUUUAUUCCCUUGGUACUAUAUUUUACCAAUAGUCGAAAAAUUCUCUCCCUAUUGGAUUGGUGGUCAUGUUUUAGGUUUUAUGUCUUUCUUUUCCUAUUUAGCUUAUUCAGAAUAUGAUAUCUUCAAAUCUGAUACAAUUUUAAUUGAAAAAGAUCGUUUAGCAUUACCACGUGAAGUUUUAAUUGAAAAUUUAAAAAAGAAUGAAAAUAAAUCUAAAUAA